AUGGCCUCGGUCCUCGCAAUCGGCGUUGGAGUUGCCGCCGCCGCAUUUCUCGGAAGAGCAGGCCUAGUAGCUUUACGGAGGUCACGCGGAGAAGCAGUUGGCGCAUUGGGGAAGGCAUUUUACAAAGGAGGCUUUGAGCCAAAGAUGAAUCGGCGAGAAGCUGCUCUGAUCCUGCAACUCAGCGAACGUCAACUCACCAAGGAACGGAUACGAAAGAACCACCGCACGCUCAUGAUGCUGAACCAUCCCGAUCGAGGCGGAAGUCCCUACCUGGCAACGAAAGUUAACGAGGCGAAAGAGUUUUUGGAGAAAAAUUCAUAA